AUGGCCCCUCCAGAAGUUCACCACCUCUUCCACCACCCUGUCGCGGACCACUCUUUCUCCGCCGACCGCCAGACACUCGCUGUAGCUCGUGAGAACGUCGUCGACCUGUACCAGCGCUCCGGCAACAAGUACACGCUUCAGGAUGAACUUACUGGUCAUGACAAGACUGUCACUGGAGUCGACAUUGCGCCCAACAGCGGCAAGAUUGUGACUUGCUCUCAAGACCGCAACGCAUACGUUUGGGAGCCUACUCCCGAAGGCUGGAAGCCCACCCUCGUUCUCCUCCGUAUCAACCGCGCUGCUACCUGCGUUCGCUGGGCCCCCUCCGAAACCAAGUUCGCGGUCGGUUCCGGCGCCCGCCUCAUCCCCGUGUGCUACUUCGAAGAGGAAGAUAAUUGGUGGGUGUCCAAGCACAUCAAAAAGCCCAUUCGCUCGACUAUCACUGCCGUCUCAUGGCACCCGAACUCCGUCCUACUCGCAGCCGGCUCUACCGAUGGCCACGCCCGCGUUUUGUCCGCCUUCGUCAAGGGUGUUGAUGCGCGACCUGAGCCUUCUGCGUGGGGAGAGCGCUUGCCGUUUAACACCGUGUGCGGCGAGUUUCUAAACAACACGGCCGGCUGGAUCCACAGUGUUGCGUUCUCGCCUUCUGGAAAUGCUCUCGCAUUUGCGGCACACGACAGCACGCUCACGGUCGUGUACCCCUCUGCACCUGAGGAACCGCCUCGUGCGGUUGUCAGCAUCAGCACGCAAGUUCUGCCUUUUAUGUCGCUUGUUUGGUCCACCGAAUCUGAGAUCAUUGCUGCGGGCUACAACUGUGAGGCCUACCGUUUGCAGGGCGAUGAGAACGGCUGGCAGCUCGCUGGCAGCUUGGAGAGCAAGGGACGCCCGGGUGUGCAGGAUUCAAGGGAGGAGUCUGCGCUGAACAUGUUCAAGCAGAUGGAUCUUAAGGGCAGCACCAAGGAUGAUACCAAGCUGAAGACGGUGCAUCAAAACACUAUCUCUACGAUUCGCAGCUUUGAGGAGAGCGGCGGUCAGGUCACGAAGGUUAGCUCGAGUGGUGUGGAUGGUAGGGUUGUCAUCUGGACGUUGUAG